AGCUUCAGUCUCUCUUCUCCUCACUCCAACCCUGCUCACCUCUCAGCUGGACAGUAAGGGACGUUUACACCACACACUGACAACAUGCUGGGGACGCUCUGCACUCUCAUCACUGCUCUAACAUGUGUGAGUGGUGUGACGGUGGUGACACAGAAGCCUCCUGUUGUGACGCUGAAGAAAGGAGAGAUAGCCACCAUGGACUGUAACCUGGGGACUGUUACUCUCAGUCCUGCCCGCUGGUAUAAACAGAUUCCAGGAGGAGUUCCUCAGUUUGUGCUGGCGUACUAUCAUAGCUGGUGGUUUGUGAAUCACGGUGCUGGUUUCUUCUCUCCAAAACACACUUCUUAUUAUGAGAAUGAAUCAAGUUAUCGUAUGAUCAUCACCAAUGUGGGGGAGGGAGACUCAGCAGUCUAUUACUGUAAAACAUGGGAUGGCUCUGUUAAUGAAUGGGUAUUCGGACGAGGCACCAAGCUGAUUGUGGCAGGCUCCGGUCUCUCUCCUCCUGUCCUGACAGUCUUCCCUCCGUCCAGUGCUGAGCUCCAGUCCAACAAAGCCACUCUGCUCUGUCUGUCCAGUCAGUCUGUGCCUUUUGCAGAAGUGACCUGGUCGGUUGGUGGGUGUCCAGUGAGCAGUGGGAUCUCUACCAGCACCGCUGUUCACCAACCAGACCACACUUUCCAAAUCAGCAGCUAUCUGGACAUCCAGACGUCAGACUGGAACAUGGAGAAGCUUUACACAUGUAAAGUUUCUUUGGGCUCCCAGACUUCAGAGAAAAACAUCAACAAGUCAGCCUGUCCCACUGAACAAUAGCAGAGGAGCAGAAUGAGCGUUUACAAGCGUUAGAAAAGAUGUCUGCAUGCUCGUAAUAACUGUUGUGACAGUUAGGUGGAGGUGUUGUAUCAGCUUUGCAUCUUGUUGCAUUUAUUCAAUAAUUGUUCAAUAAAAAGCAUUGUGCCCAAUACAAGUCUGUAUUCAUUUGU